AUGGACAGAGCCAGUCGAGUACUCGCUGAAGGCCUCCCCGAAGGCAUGCCUAACACAUAUGCCGCCCUCGCAGCCCAUGGUGACCAGUACCUCUACCCAUACGAAGAAAAUGCCCUCGUCGAGUUCUUGUUACACCAGAGCACGCUUGGACGGCCGGUGCGAAUGAAGCAUAUAGCCUCGUUAGCGUUCAGUGCCACUCGCCACCGGCCACCAGCGGACAGGCCGCUCAAGCCUCCUGGGGUGAACUGUGCGAAAGGACUCGAACGGCGUCGUCCAGAGCUGUAG